UUAUACUCUUGGCUUUCAUCAUGUUCAAAAAAAAAUCCACUAAUGAGCUUCUGCAAUUCGUGAAUGUCCAUCAAUAAACCCGCAACUCUGAAGUUUGAAGUUUCCGUUUCUUCAGUUUGGUUCUCCUAUUGAAUGAGAUAGUUGAUUAUUUCAAGGUCGAAAAAAAAAAUCAAAUUCGGUAUGAUGAUGAUGCGUAUAACAAACUUGGAAACAACCGCGUUCCCCCGAUUAUUGAGUUUUGCCCCUGCCCGCUUCUACACUGCCUUCGCCUUUGCAAGGAGGCCUAGACGUCGAAACUCAUUCCUCUUCACAACCAGUUGCUCAACUGAUGUGUCAAUCACCAUUGCCACUGAUCACAAUUACGGCAAUAAACAAGUUAUCAGUGUCACUCAAACCCUAUACGACUACUUGCUCACCAACGUUAGAGAACCACCCAUUCUUCGACAGCUUAGAGAGGAGACUGCAACAAUGCGUGGGAGUCAAAUGCAGGUAUCCCCUGAUCAAGCGCAACUACUUGCAAUGCUUGUCCAGAUUCUUGGGGCUAACAGAUGCAUUGAAGUUGGGGUCUAUACCGGAUACUCAUCAUUGGCUGUUGCAUUAGUCCUACCAGAAUCAGGAAUCCUAGUUGCUUGUGAGAGGGACAUCAACUCGCUCCAAGUUGCAAAAAAGUAUUAUCAACAAGCCGGAGUUUCCCACAAGGUGGAUGUAAGACACGGAUUAGCUGUCGAUACCCUAAACUCAAUGCUAGAGAAUGGGGAGGGUUGUAGCUAUGAUUUUGCUUUUGUUGAUGCUGAGAAAAGAAUGUAUCAAGAAUACUUUGAGUUGCUGCUUAAAUUGGUGAGAGUAGGUGGUGUUAUAGUAAUUGAUAAUGUGCUUUGGCAUGGAAAACUUGCUGAUCCCAUGGUUAAUGAUAAGAAAACAGAGAGCAUAAGAAGUUUCAACAAAGCUUUAAUGGACGAUGAGCGUGUUACCAUUAGUAUGGUGCCAGUUGGUGAUGGCAUGACAAUAUGUCGCAAGAGAUGAUUUCUUUGCUUCAAGAAACAAUUAUCGAAUCAGAAAAGACAUAUCCACAGUAGACUAAUGUGUUUCAGAUUAAGAUUUAAAAAACAUGCCUCAUUUUUGUAAUUUGUAGACUGGUAUAUUGGUUAUUUUAUUCCUUCUAGUUCAUGAAAUGAUGAGAUCAUAAGUUCCCUACUGGAAGUACAAUCUGACUGAAAAGGGGAAAAAAAUGUAAAGAUCAAAAGGAAUAUAUGAAUGUAAUAUAUGGAGUUAAAUUGAUGUAAUAUGAAUAUCUACCUUCAGGGGUCAUUAUGAA